GCUCUUCCGUUUACUUGUUUAAUAAAGAAAAACAAUUGGACGGUAGAUACACGGAUUAUUGAGGGGUACUUGGUACGUUGUACUGUCUUACGAACUGCUUUUAUUGAUUUUCCUCAGAAAAACGUAGUAGCAGAGCGUCUUUCCGUUGCGCUGCGACUGCACACUUGUUUCAACCUGUUUAGGGGGUUAUCUUGAUAUCAUAUAUUUCUAUAAAGAGCAAAGCAUAUCGUUUUAAGACAGCACUUUGCCUUAGAAAUCAAGACUGGAGUAUUCGCUUAUCGUUGUAGGCGCUCCCAGCUGCAUGCUCCCCUGUGGGGCACUCCUCUGCAGGACACUGGAUGAUAAACUAACGCCCACUCUGCAGGGCGGGGUCACGCUCUGGUAAUGCGCUUAUAUACAGUCCAUGGCGUUAGUUUACUGCUGACAAGGAAGCGACACCUGGAUGAACCACCUGAACGUUACUUUAAGAACCACUUUAUUUUGCUAGCUAACGGAUAUUUCUUAGUUUUUCUCCCGGUUUCACUGUUGCAAACUGAGGGGUCAAAAUGAACUCCAUUGACCUGGAGAAGCUGAAGAUGACGGGAGCUGGUCGAGCCAUGGCAGUGUUGACCAGCGGUGGAGAUGCACAAGGGAUGAAUGCUGCUGUCCGAGCUGUGACCAGAAUGGCCAUCUAUAUGGGGGCCAAGGUCUAUCUUAUUUAUGAGGGAUACCAGGGCCUGGUGGAUGGGGGAGACAACAUCAAACUAGCACACUGGCAGAGUGUGACCAACAUCAUCCAACUGGGUGGGACUGUGAUAGGCAGCGCCCGAUGCAAGGCCUUCACAACUCGUGAGGGCAGGCUGGCUGCUGCCUUCAACCUGGUGAAGAAAGGCAUCACCAACCUGUGUGUGUGUGGCGGAGACGGCAGCCUCACCGGAGCCAACAUCUUCCGCAGCGAGUGGAGCAGUCUGCUGGAGGAGCUUGUACAAAAAGGAAGAAUCACAGACACUCUGGCCAAGCAGCAUGACCACCUGAACAUCGUGGGGCUCGUGGGCUCCAUCGACAACGACUUCUGCGGCACGGACAUGACGAUCGGAGCCGACUCUGCUCUGCACCGCAUCAUGGAGAUAAUUGAUGCUAUCAUGACAACAGCACAAAGCCACCAGCGCACAUUUGUUCUGGAAGUUAUGGGGCGACACUGUGGAUAUCUGGCCCUAGUGUCAGCACUGGCCUCUGGGGCAGACUGGCUCUUCAUUCCAGAGGCUCCUCCCCAGGAAGGCUGGGAGGACCAGAUGUGUGCCCGUCUAGAGGGGAGCCGCACAACGGGGUCAAGACUCAACAUUGUAAUCCUCGCAGAAGGAGCCAUUGACAGAAAUGGCAAGCCCAUCACUUCAACUUAUGUGAAAGAACUGGUGGUACAGAGGCUCGGCUAUGACACCAGAGUGACAGUCCUCGGCCAUGUUCAGAGAGGAGGAACCCCCUCUGCGUUUGACAGAAUACUGAGCACUAAGUUGGGGGUGGAGGCGGUGGUUGCCCUGAUGGAUGCCACUCCUGACACCCCAGCCUGUGUCAUCGGUCUGUCAGGUAACCAGGCUGUUCGUCUGCCUCUGAUGGAGUGUGUGGAGAUGACUAAGUUGGUGCAGACUACCAUGAACGAGAAGAGGUUUGAUGAGGCUAUCAAACUGCGUGGAGGGAGUUUUGAGAACAACUGGAACAUCUACAAACAUCUUGCCUUCCAAAAGCCUGCCCAGUAUGAGAGCAACUUCUCCUUGGCUAUCCUGAACGUGGGGGCUCCGGCUUCAGGGAUGAACGCAGCGGGACGCUCUGCGACGAGGCUGGCGCUCGCUAAAGGACACAAGGUCUACGCUGUCCACAACGGCUUUCAGGGACUUGCCAAUGGAAACGUUUUGGAGAUGGGAUGGCACAGUGUUGCAGGCUGGACAGGGCAAGGGGGCUCACUGCUGGGGACAAAACGAACUCUUCCCAACAAUAACAUGGAGGGGAUUGUGGAAACCAUCAGAAAGUUUAACAUCUCAGCUCUGCUUGUAAUUGGAGGGUUCGAGGCGUACGCAGGAGUGUUGCAGUUGUUUGAAGCCCGGGGUCUCUUUGAUGAGCUCUGCAUCCCCAUGUGUGUAAUCCCUGCUACUAUCAGCAACAACGUCCCGGGAACGGACUUCAGCCUGGGAGCAGACACGGCCGUCAAUGCUGCCAUGCAGGGCUGCGACAAGAUCAAGCAGUCUGCCACCGGGACCAAGAGACGGGUGUUUGUGGUGGAGACUAUGGGGGGCUUCUGUGGAUAUCUGGCAACCUCCACUGGCAUAGCUGUGGGAGCGGACGCAGCCUACAUCUUUGAAGACCCCUUCAACAUCCACGACCUCACGACCAACGUGCAACAUUUGGCUGAAAAGAUGAAGAAGGACAUCCAGCGGGGUCUAGUACUGAGGAAUGAGAAAUGCCAUGAGAACUACACCACAGAUUUCAUCCAUAAGCUGUAUACAUCAGAGGGGAAGGGCAUCUUCGACUGCAGGGUCAAUGUGUUGGGACACCUUCAGCAGGGUGGAGCACCUUCCCCAUUCGAUAGAAACUUUGGCACUAAGUUGGGCAUGAGGGCAAUCGAGUGGAUUUCAGCGAGAUUAACUGAAAACUACCGACAAGGACGCGUGUUCGCUAACUCCCCAGAAACAGCAUGCGUGCUCGGCCUCAACAGGAAGGUGAUCUCCUUCAACCCCGUCACUGAACUCAAGGAUGUGACUGAUUUUGAGCACCGGAUGCCCAAGGUCCAGUGGUGGAUUAAUCUGCGGCAGAUGCUGAAAAUGUUGGCCAAGUACCAAACCAGCUUCUGUGAAUAUGUCCCAGGAGAGAUUCAACAUGUGAACCAGCACUCCAUCAGCAUGGACUCCGGGUUCUAGACUCUCUGAAACUACAGUAAACUCUCUGCGCUAACCCUUAUCUGUCCUGCCUUUCAAGGCUACUUUCAAUUUCACAGUUGUUCAUGUUAACAAUACUGAAUACUUUUAAGACCAGCAUUGAUUGUCAGUCUUGUCAGUAUCACAGUAGCUACAGUACAUUAAAUGUAAAGAUGAAAUUCAGGUAUUCAUUUAUUGCAGAUUGUGUUCCUCUUUGUGCCAAACAAACCUUUUUUUGUAGUCAAAUCACUGCCAUUAAAAGACAAUCAAGUGUGCCAUACAGUAAAACUUAAAUGAAGUAUGUUGAGUUUAAGAAAUAAUCUGAUCAGGAACCUUAAGUAAAAUAAGUAUGUACAGUAUGUUCAUGUUAUCAAGCUCAAAAUGAGAUCUUCUAUCAUUUGCACAAACAUUUACUAAUCUGUCCUGUUUGGUUUGAGAUUCUGAAUCAAGUUCAAAUGAAGAAUAGGGCUACAUGCUUAACCGACAGAUAUCACCUUUAGACUUUCCGAUUGGAUUACCUAAUUAUUUUUGUAUUUAAGUUUUCUGAAGUAUAUGUUUUUAAAGUUGACGCAUUAUAUUAUUUAAUAAAUAAUUUGCAGAACAGAAAUCUGAACAUUGGAAUGGAAAUAUGACAAACAAAUGUGGGUAUGAAAGUGGACAUGUUUUGCCCGUAGUGUCUUGCCUUAACUUCCCUAAUGUCAGGAAGUGCAAGUAACAUUUAAUUUAUACAUUUCUGAAGUUUAUUUCAACAUGUAACAAACUUCACAACUACUGUACUUACAAUAUGGAAAAGGAAUAUGAACACAUUUGAGUAUUAUUUUGAUAUUGCUUUUUUCCAUUAAAGGUCUAUCAACAGU